UAAAAUUGCCAGUUGGGCGACAAAAAUACACGUCAUCAGUGCGACGGAAGCAGUUUCUCUAAAAAAAGACAAUUCGGGCUGAUUCAUUGUAGCCAGUUGGUUUGACGCGACUGAACACAGAAAUACAGACUUUUCUAAACACCCGAAACAUUUAACAACAAAUCUUGAUAUGGACCGGCUGCUGAGGCUCGGUGGAGGAAUGCCAGGGCUUGGCCAGGGCCCCCCAACAGAUGCACCUGCUGUGGACACAGCAGAGCAGGUUUACAUCUCCUCUCUGGCCCUGCUCAAGAUGUUGAAGCACGGGCGUGCUGGUGUACCAAUGGAGGUUAUGGGAUUGAUGCUGGGAGAAUUUGUUGAUGACUACACAGUGCGAGUGAUUGAUGUGUUUGCCAUGCCCCAGUCUGGAACAGGUGUGAGUGUUGAAGCAGUGGACCCUGUGUUCCAGGCCAAGAUGCUGGAUAUGCUGAAGCAGACCGGCAGACCAGAGAUGGUGGUUGGGUGGUACCACAGUCACCCUGGUUUUGGCUGUUGGUUGUCUGGCGUGGACAUCAACACACAGCAGAGCUUCGAGGCCCUGUCAGAGCGAGCCGUCGCAGUGGUGGUGGACCCCAUUCAGAGUGUCAAAGGAAAGGUUGUCAUUGAUGCCUUCAGAUUGAUCAAUGCCAACAUGAUGGUGUUGGGUCAUGAACCAAGACAAACCACAUCCAACCUGGGUCAUCUGAACAAGCCCUCAAUCCAGGCUCUGAUUCAUGGCCUUAACAGACACUACUACUCCAUCACCAUCAAUUACAGGAAAAACGAGCUGGAGCAAAAGAUGCUGUUAAACCUGCAUAAGAAGAGCUGGAUGGAGGGCCUGACCCUGCAGGACUACAGCGAGCACUGCAAGCUCAACGAGACCAUCGUCAAGGAGAUGCUGGAGCUGGCCAAGAACUACAAUAAGGCUGUUGAAGAGGAGGACAAAAUGACCCCAGAGCAGCUGGCAAUCAAGAAUGUUGGAAAACAGGAUCCCAAGAGGCACUUGGAGGAGCACGUAGAUGUUUUAAUGACAUCCAACAUUGUUCAGUGCCUAGCUGCCAUGUUGGAUACUGUUGUUUUCCAGUGACGGGCCUGUGUGUAUAAGUGUUAAUAUUACAACCCUUGUUUUCUUUUAUAUAAAAUAAAUGUAUGUACGGAAUGAA